ACGACGUAACUAUAAAUAUCUAUUUUAUGUUUUUUAAAUAGAAAGAAACGACAAAAAUUUAUUCGGAAAUAUAUAUUUGCUUGAUUACGACGUCAACUGAUUCGAUUAUUUGAGCUCUUCUUUCUAUUUGUUGAAGUUCGCUCUGUGAUUCGCAUUGCGUUGAGGAGAUGGAUGAUAGAGAAGGCUCGUUCGUAGCCGUCAGGCGGAUUUCUCAGGGACUCGAACGUGGAACCGUUUACAAUUCCUCUUCCCCUGAGGGUGUGCCUGGAUCAGCAGCUUGGUUAGGCCGGGGUCUUUCUUGCGUCUGUGCUCAGCGAAGAGAUAGUGAUGCACAUUCUACCUUUGAUCUUACACCUGCUCAGGAGGAAUGCUUGCACAGGUUGCAGAACCGUAUUGAUGUAGCUUAUGACACCACAAUACCUCUGCAUCAGGAAGCUCUGAGGAAUCUCUGGAAACUUGCCUUCCCUGAAGAAGAGCUUCAUGGGUUGAUAUCUGAGCAGUGGAAAGAGAUGGGUUGGCAAGGCAAAGAUCCGUCAACAGAUUUUAGGGGUGGUGGUUUCAUUUCUCUUGAAAACUUGCUGUACUUCGCUAGAAACUUUCAGAAAUCCUUCCAGGACCUUUUGAGGAAGCAGGUUGGGGAAAGGUCCGUAUGGGAAUAUCCUUUUGCUGUUGCUGGUAUCAAUUUAACAUUCAUGCUCAUCCAGAUGGUUGACCUUGAAGCAGUAAAACCUCGAACAAUUGUUGGGGAAACUUUUCUGAAGUUUCUUUCUGAGAACGAAUCAGCCUUUGACAGUCUUUAUUGCAUUGCAUUCAAGCUAAUGGAUCAGCAGUGGCUUUCAAUGCGUGCCUCAUACAUGGAAUUCAACACGGUGAUGAAAUCAACAAGGAGACAGCUGGAGAGAGAGCUGAUGCUGGAAGAUAUAACGCAUCUUGAAGACUUGCCCUCCUACGCUCUUCUCUCUCAAUAGUGUGUGGGGUUAUGAUGAAUCUCAAAUUGGUUGUGGUUAAAAUGAGCGUGUAGUUAGGAAAAUAAUGGGGUUCGUUUUCUAACAACGUUGAGUUUUUUUAGUAACUGUGUGUAGUGUGUUAAUUGAUGGAAGACGAUCGGGUGAUGUUAGUGUGUUAAUUGAUGGAAGACGAUCGAGUGAUGUUGUCAGUGUGUGGUGGUAAUAAAACAUUAUGGUGGCGGCUAACA